ACUGACAAACAAAUACAAUAAAAAUUGCGACUGACUUGUUACGGCAAUUUAUAAUUUCUAUUUCGUUCGUCUAUCGUUUCUGUCGGUCGCCUUAUUUAGGAGCUGAUGUUAUUUGUGAGUCGUAAUCAACCGUGAUAAUGAGUAGUGCUAGAUUGAGUUUAGUUUCUGUGGGAAGGCUGAUCAGGAUAUCUGGUGUACAACAAUGCCGCAUUUUGAGGCGCAGCGGGCCCCGCACGCUAACGACAUGCACAGUGUUGUGUAAGAGUCCCACGGAACAGCCCCCCGGUCCACCGCACCAGCACCCGCCCAAGGAUGCCGUCAACUCAGGCACAUCGGGCGGCAAGAAGUCAGGUUCAGGUAACGGUGUCCUCACUUGUCCCAAAUGUGGAGACCCGUGUACCCACGUGGAGACGUUCGUCAGUUCCACACGUUUCGUUAAGUGCGACAAAUGUCACCAUUUCUUUGUGGUCCUCAGCGAAGUAGACACCAAGAAGAGCAUCAAAGACAACGCCGAAAAUAAGUCAGGAUUCUGCAGAAAGCCCCCUCCACCGCCUAAGAAAAUAUUCGAAUACCUGAACAAGCACGUGGUCGGUCAGGAGUACGCGAAGAAGGUGCUGUCUGUGGCGGUGUACAACCACUACAAGCGCAUCUACAACAACGUGACCGGCGCCGCGCCCGCCGACCACCACCAUCCGCUGCACCACGCGCACAGAGAUCUCCUGCACUUGAGUAACAGCAGCGGCGGCGGCGGCGGCGGCGGCGGCGCGGAGGUGCUGGAGCGGCAGAGCCACGAGCUGCGCCUGGACAAGAGCAACGUGCUGCUGCUGGGGCCCACCGGCUGCGGCAAAACUUUAUUGGCACAGACGAUAGCGCAAUGCCUGGACGUGCCGUUCGCGAUCUGCGACUGCACGACGCUGACGCAGGCCGGCUACGUCGGCGAGGACAUCGAGAGCGUCAUAGCGAAGCUGCUGCAGGACGCCAACUUCAAUGUCGAGCGAGCUCAAACAGGUAUAGUGUUCUUGGACGAAGUGGACAAAAUCGGUGCAGUACCGGGAAUACAUCAACUCAGAGACGUCGGUGGCGAAGGAGUGCAGCAGGGCAUGUUAAAGAUGCUGGAGGGCGCCGUAGUGUCGGUGCCGGAGCGGAACUCGCGGAAAUUGCGCGGAGACGCCGUGCAGGUCGACACCACCAACAUACUGUUCGUGGCCAGCGGCGCCUACAACGGCCUCGACAGACUGGUGCAGCGGCGCAGCAACGAGAAGUACCUGGGCUUCGGCGCGUGGGACGCGAGUGCGGGCCGCCGCGCCGCCACCGCGCGCGCCGCGGAGGACGCCAGCCCGCUGCACUCCGCGCAGCAGGAGGCCGAUGAGCGCGACCACUGGCUGCGCCGCGUGCAGGCGCGCGACCUCAUCGACUUCGGCAUGAUACCGGAGUUCGUGGGCCGCUUCCCGGUGCUGGUGCCCUUCCACAGUCUCAACCAGGAUCUCCUUGUGCGGAUACUCACGGAACCUAAGAACGCGAUGGUGGCGCAGUACAAGUUGCUGUUUGCGAUGGACAAGUGCUCGCUGUCGUUCAGCGACGAGGCGUUGCGCGCCGUCGCCGCGCUCGCGAUGGAGCGCAAGACCGGCGCCCGCGGCCUGCGCGCCAUCAUGGAGAACCUGCUGCUGGAGGUGAUGUUCGAGAUCCCGGGGUCGGACAUCACGUCGGUGCACAUCCACGACGGCUGCGUCACGCGCGGGGACCCGCCCACCACCGCGCGCCGCCAGGCCGACCCCGCCCCCGCCCCCGCCCACCUCGACGACUGGCCCUCGGUGCGCCUCACCAACUAGGUUUGGAGUGUACAUCGCCGCGGCCGCCAUCCGCCAUCCAACGAUCUAUACUGGAUUAGACUUUAUCUAACACCAUACAACAGACAGAGAACGAAAAUAAUAACGCUUAAAACAAACGAUAAUGAGUUUUUCUUAGAUAGAAAAAUUAAAUUAUAAGCUAUUGGAGUUCAUCUGGAUGUUUACGAUAAUUUAUUGACCGAUGAAUAGUAAGAAAUGUAAAGUAUCAGUAACGGUAGUUGAUCUACAAUAAAAAUACUGCAGUUUUGUACUUCCACUGAUCUUUCGUACCCACAGGAAAAAUAUCAAUCUGUACGAAGAAUAUUCUACUUGCUAAUACUCAACUCAUACUCUAUAUUGCUUUUUUUCUAAUAUAUAUUAUAGAGAUUAACAUAUUAGAGAAAGAAAGAUGUAUUUUUUCACUACUUACGUAAAAAAUCACCGGCAAGAC